AUGCUGGCCAUGCGGCUAUUUUGGACGGCUCUGUUGGUGGGUCUCCUGGUCCUGCACUUUCUGCGGCAGCUGUGGUCUCGGAGGUCCUAUCCUUCUGGACCUCUUCCUCUUCCUCUCAUGGGAGGCAUGUGGCGGAUCGGGACCAGACUUUAUCAAGACACUUUCCUGAAGCUGAAAAAGGAGCCCGGAAACAAUGAACCAUCUGCGACUCCGUUCCUUACCGCUGUAACAAAUGAGAAGGAUCUUGUGUUUUCCAAUGGAGACAUUUGGAAGCAGCAAAAAAAGAUUGGGCAAGCAACUAUGCAGAAGCUGGAACAUGGGAAGAAAAGCAUGGAGCAUCAAAUCAAAGAAGAGGCCCAGAAGCUGGUGGAGACAUUUGCAUGCGCAAAAGGACAGCCGCUUGACCCUUUGUUGCCUGUCGCUAAUUCCGUCUGCAAUGUGGUAUGCGCUGUGGCUUUCGGACACCGGUUUCCCACGGAUGACGAGACUUUUCAGAGACUGGUCAAAGACAUUGACUUGGCCUUAAAAGCUGGAGGCAGCUUCAUUUAUGCACUUUAUCGCUUGUUCCCGAGGGCCAUGAGAUGCCUCCCAGGACCACAGAAGAAGGCCUUGUCCUCCAGGAAAGCGGUGCUUUCUUUUGUACAGAAGGAGAUAAAGAAACAUAAGGAGUGUCAACUACGGCACGAACCCCAGGAUUUUGUUGAUUUCUACCUAAUCCAAAUAGAGAAAGCCAAGGGUCGUGUUGGCUCCACUUACGAUGAAGAGCAACUGGCCGAGUGUAUUCUUGACCUCUUUAUCUCAGCCACAGAGACUACUGCCACUUCUCUGCAAUGGGCAUUGCUCCUCAUGGCAAUUCAUCCAGAUAUCCAAGAUAAAGUCUACAAGGAGAUGGAAGAUGUUUUGGGCCCCUCUCACUCCAUCGCCUAUCAAGACUGGCAGCAGCUGCCCUAUACCUGCGCAGUUAUUCAUGAGAUCCAGCGGAGCAAAUACGCCUUCCUUUUCGGAAUAAUCAGGCAAGCUGCAAAGGAUGUGAACCUCUUGGGUUUCCUCAUGCCCAAGGGAACAUUUAUUAAUCCAAAUCUGAACUCUGCUCUUCUUGAUCCCAAGCAAUGGGAAACACCUGAAAAAUUCAACCCAAAUCAUUUUUUGGACAAGAGCGGAAAAUUUGUAGCCAGAGAAGAAUUUCAGCUAUUUGGAUCAGGGGAUCCCACAUGUUUGGAGGAGCAGCUGGCAAGGAUCGAGCUCUUCUCCUUCUUCUCGGCUCUGCUGAAGGCGUUUCGUUUCCGGCUGCCAGGAGGAGAGAAGAAACUCAACACAGAACCAAGGACAGGACUGACAACAUAUCCCCAUUCUUAUCAGCUCUGCGCUCUUCCACACUGUCAGGCAUCAUAA